AUGAAUGAAAAAAAAAUUAAUGAAACGUCAAAGAAUAUAUUCCUCAUAGAGACAUCUUGCAAGGGAUAUUUGGAUCUGAGGCAGCUGUGUGCCGUGAAGUCAGCGGCAAGAGCUCAUCCAGAUUGGCAGAUCAACUUACUCUUCGUGGGCCCCGUGACGCAUGAGAAGCUCACCACGGGUAUUCUGUCUAGUCUUCAGGCAUACGAGAACGUGGUUAUAGCUCGAGUGUAUCUAUCCCAAAUCGUCAAAGAUACUCCUCUAGAGAGAGUGCUCACAGAGAAUCUGCUGGAGACCAGUGAAUACCGAUAUGCUCAUGUUUCGGACAUUAUAAGAUUGCUGCUGCUGUGGAAAUUUGGCGGAGUUUACAUGGAUUUGGAUAUUGUGGUGCUGAAGCCGUUUGACGACUUGGGCCCCGAUUUCGCUGGUUUAGACGCACCUAAUUCAGUCAAUACUGCCGUGAUGGGUUUCAAAGUGUAUAGUGAAGAAACGUUCUACCCAAUAUCAGCGCAGCAUUGGCGGGAGUACUUCCAGCCAGGAGUCUUCAAUGUGAAAAGAUUCAGCAAGUCUCACACGGUUCAUGUCUUGAAUAGUUUGUCUCAUGUCAUCAAAGACCGUACCAUCAAACCCUGGACGCUGUACGCUAAUAUGGCGAAAAUGUUUUGCCCGCCUAUUUAUUCGGUUAACCCAGAAAGUCUUUCGGAGCAAUAA